ACAUGAACGUAGCUGGGUCUUCUGCCGCGAUAAGUUCCCUCCCUUUUCGCAACUGGACCUCUUUCGUCUUGCUGUAUGUCUAGCUCCGAAUCAAGAUAAUCUUGAAUAUCCGGAUGUUCUCAAUAUCAUUCGGAUCUCAGGCUCCCAUUCGAGUGGAAAUUACGAGCUUCCAUAAAAUCACAUCAAGGAACGACGAACCGAAAGAUCUUUUUGUUGCUGGCAUUAAUCCAGCAAAGACUAUUCAUUCACGCCUAGUAUCGGUGGCCUCGCCGAUACCACCCCGAAUCGCCAGGGCUGUUUGGAUCUUGGCGGAACUUGCGAAAAAUCAUAUUCUCCAUCCCAAAGACGCGUCCUUCACCAUCGUUCGCGGUGGGAGUGCUCUUUGAUUCACAAUGUCAAGCUGCCCCGCAUUUCAAUCUCAUUUAGCCUGUCCUUGUUCAACUUUGCGCCUCUAUCAGAGAUAUGUCAUGUCAAAGCGUGGAUCCCACGAAUGUCAACGUUGAAAGAGCGAUAUUUCAACCGUUGCCUUCGUCGUUGUCGUUCCUGUCCAUUCUUGCUCGCUUUCCCCCCUCAUCCAAGCUCAACCUACUAUUCAUGGGUCCCUUCCUGCUCCCCUCCUUGUAUUUCGUCAAAUGCUUGAAUCGCCUCGUGUUGACCAUGCCCUUAAUACCUAGCCCGCCCCCCAAAUGUUUUCCGAAUUAUAGGCGCUCCCCAAACAGGAUGUUUUGGAGGGGGGUUUGCCGGGAUCUGGUUUACACGAUCCGAAAAUGGCAAUCGGGGCAACGGACAAUUCACCCAAGAUUUUUGAACCACUCAACAGCUAGUCUAUGUCAUCCAUCCCCACACAUAUUUCUAGUCUGUUCUAAUUCCACCCUCAUCUUCCUGUCUCUAUUUUUCCUCUCACCUUCCACUCGACGAACAGCCGCCAGAUCCGUGCAGAAGUCCAAAGGUUACUUAGCAUGAUUCGACCUCAGCGUCGUCUGCGUAUUUUUACUCCGUACCCUCUACCUUUAACUCGCGAUGGAUCUCCACACCCAUUACUCACGUCUAACGUCCACACCUCAGGGGAAGCCUCAACGUUUGCUCAUCAAACCUGCUAUUUCUGUGACAGCAGUUCCUAUAGUCCAACCACACCUUCUACGAUUGGGCCGGUAACACCGAGCCCUGUUUCAUUGCAUCGUAGUAUCGGUCCGCCUAAGAACUGGGCUCCAGCCCACGAUCUAUACACACACGAUGAGGUGCCUACCGAUGCCAGCCACCAGUGUAGCGCAAAUUAUGUGUUCACAUCCGGCUGCAGAGGUCCUCAUAAUGACCUUCAUGAUCCCGCUGCAUCUACAUACAACGUGGAUCUUCACGCUCCCACCUUCUCUCCAACAGAAGUGACCACGGGUGAUACUUAUCUUCCAAUGCCACAGUCACCUAUGGCGGGCUGGGAACUCAUUACCCAGUCGCACAUAAAUUAUUCUCAGUUCCAUGAUACCCACUACCACACCUAUGAUACUCUCCCGCUUCCCCCGCCUGAUAACGCCGUCAUUUUGCCGGAUGCCAACCCCUUUUUAGAGAGUGGAUCUAACAGCGGUUGGGAAUUUUCUGGAUCUACGACGGCAUGUGCAAGUAGCUAUGGCGUUUUGAACGCCCAGCUCAACCAGUCGGUGCAUCUGCCAUACGCUCAGGGUUUUCCACCUCCGGCGAACAGCAGCACCGAAGAGCAGGCGUCGAAUCUGGGAUCUAUUCACGAAGUUCCUUCUGAUAGCAUCGGUCGCCCCUUUGACUCGAUGCCACCGUCAUCGGCCUCGCCUUCAGGUGGCGAAGCUUUACCUACGCCCAUUGUUUGCCCUACCGUCGCGAAACCUACCGUUCGCAAGGCAUCUCGAGAUCGUCGUAAAAAGGAGGCAAAACAUUCGUGUCAUAUCUGUUUUGAUACCUUUACAGAGAAGCAUGGUCUCCGAAACCAUCUGAAUGUCCACUACGGUAGAAAACCCUACGCUUGCGAUGGCUGUAAAAAACGAUUUACGACAAGCCACACUCGCAACCGACAUGUCACGACGUGUUCCUCGCAGCGGUUCAAAAACGACGAGAUUACCUUCGUUAAUUUGAUGCAGGGCAUGGCUUGUUCAGGUGUAUCUUCUUAAAUGAAAUCUAAUAUUGAUGAUGGACAUGAAAUGUCGAGGAUGAGAUAUUACAAUCGAACGUGCGGCUGAGUCCAGAGUAAAGAGGCUCUUCCGAGGUACCUGCG